CUUUGUGGACACACUUUGCAGGGCGUGAAGUGAUCAAGAGUCUAGUAGCAUUGUCUGUGAUUGAGGAAGCAAGACAAUCAGAGUCUGUGUUGUACAAGGUAUCGCAGCGGCAGCAGUUGGUGACGAGCCAGCCAAGCCACAGCCCAUCCCCCUUUGCAUCCACGGUUGAGGAGGUGCUGAGUGUAGUGCCGAGGCAAGGGAAGGAGAUAGAGAUUGAUUUGAAGAGAUCUGAAAGAAUAGAAAGGUGAAGCACAUUAUGGCCUUUCAUACAAGCCCAACAACGUUGACGUUGUACAUUCCUCCCGUCUAUGCGGCUUCGGUCAAGGAUGGCAUCCUCGCUCGUCUCAACUCGUUCAUUCUCAAGUACUCGGAGCGACUCGCUGGCGUUCCCAUCGCCUACUCCAACCUCCGCCUGCUCAACUAUGGUGCCCGCAUUGUUGAUCCGGCGGACAUGUGCAUCAAGAUCAAUGUUGACUUUUGCAUCUUUGCUCCUGUCGUCGGUCAGCGUCUGACCGGAACCGUCAACAAGGUCUCCUCGGAUCACAUCGGCCUCCUCGCUUACGGCGUCUUCAACGCCGCCAUUCCGGCGAGUGCCAUCGCUCUUGACGAGUGGUACUACGAUGCCGACGACGAUGCCUGGGCCGUCCGCGGCAUGGACGUCGUUGUCUCCGAGGGCGCCCUGCUCUCAUUCACUGUCUCGUCCAUCACGCCCUCGGCCGCCAUCAUGGUCAUCGAGGGCUCGCUCAAGGGCAUCCCGCCCGAGGAAGCCGUCGUCCGCAACGGCCGCGACGCCCUCGCCCCGGUUGUUCCGUCGCUCAAGCGCGGCCAUGAUGGCGCCCCAGCCAUCACCACCCGCAAGACGUUUGUCGACUCGGACGACGACACCGCCGCUGCUAGCGCCAAGGUCGCCGCGAGCGAGGGCAACGAUGACGACGACGACGACGACGACCCAAGCAUGGUCUUUGCUCGCGAGACCAAGCGUGCCAAGCUCCUCACGUCGAAGGCCAAGCCUGCCGCCAGCUCUGGCGCUGACGAUGAUGCCGAGCCGGUGCACACUGACGGCGACGACGACGACGACGUCGCGCCCAUGGCUGUCGCCGACGACACGCUCGCCAACAAAGCCAAGUCGAAGGACAAGGCCAAGUCGAAGAACAAGGCCAAGUCGAAGGACAAGGCCAAGUCGAAGGACAAGGCCAAGUCGAAAGACAAGGCCAAGGCCAAGGCCAAGAGCAAGAAGAAGUAAAUCGGUGACCCGCC